CGGUGCCGCCAAGCGAGGCGGCGGGGGCGGCGCGUUAAAGAUGGCGGCGGCGGGGCCCGGUCCCGGGGCCGGCGCUGGAGCGGCCGGGGGGACCCGCGGCGGCCGCCACUGAGCCCGGCCGCACCCCCCGGCACCGUCCGGGACCCUCCGGGACACUCGGGUCGCUCCAGCCCCGCUGUCCCUGGCACCUGGCACAGGGAUCCCCGUGGGAAGCGGCGAUGUCAGACAAAGGUGGCAGCAUGGACGGCAGGACGGACAUCGUCAACGGCAGCCUGUCCAGCAGCCCCGAGGACAUGUCUGCCGAGGAGGGCCGCGAGACGUCCUCGGGGAUCGAGGUGGAGGCGUCCGACCUGAGCCUGAGCCUGACGGGCGACGACGCCGGGGCCGCGCGCAGCCGCGCCAGCGACAGCGACAGCUCCGGCGACAAGGACAGCGACAGCCUGGACGACACCGGCCACUACUCCAUCCCCGAGGAGCCGCGGCAGGACGAGGACGAAGACGAGGAUGAGGACGAGGAGGAGGAACCGCGGGCCCGGCGCAGGGGGCCCCGCAAGCGGCCGCCUCACGAGCGCGACUCGUCGGACGAGGAGCAGGCGCUGGAGGACUGGGUGGCCUCGGAGACGUGGGCGCUGCCUCGGCCGCGUUGGAGAGCGAUCCCGGCGCUGCGGCAGCGCCAGUUGGGCGGCUGCUCCCGUUUCGUGGCUCAGGCCUGCGGGGCCCGGCUGUUCGUGCAGAAAUUCCGGCUGCAGCACGGCCUGGAAGGGCACACGGGCUGCGUGAACACGCUGCAUUUCAACCAGCGCGGAACCCGCCUGGCCAGCGGCAGCGACGACCUCAAGGUGCUGGUGUGGGACUGGCUGAGGCGCCGGCCCGUGCUGCAGUUCGACAGCGGGCACAAGAGCAACGUCUUCCAGGCCAAAUUCCUUCCCAACAGCGGCGACUCCACGCUGGCCAUGUGUGCCCGGGAUGGGCAGGUGCGCGUGGCCGAGCUCUCGGCCACUCAGUGCUGCCGCAGCACCAAGCGCGUGGCCCAGCACAAGGGAGCCUCCCACAAGCUGGCGCUGGAGCCGGACUCGCCCUGCACGUUCCUGUCUGCAGGAGAGGACGCCGUGGUCUUCACCAUCGACCUGCGGCAGGACCGGCCCGCCUCGAAAUUGGUGGUGACGAAGGAGAAGGAGAAGAAGGUCGGGCUCUACACCAUCUUCGUCAACCCCGCCAACACCUCCCAGUUCGCCGUGGGCGGCCGCGACCAGUUCGUGAGGAUUUAUGACCAGAGGAAAAUCGAUGAGAACGAGAACAACGGAGUCCUGAAGAAGUUCUGCCCCCACCACCUGGUGAACAGCGAGUCCAAAGCCAACAUCACCUGCCUGGUCUACAGCCACGAUGGCUCAGAGCUGCUGGCCUCCUACAACGACGAGGACAUUUACCUGUUCGACUCGGCACACAGCGACGGUGCGCAGUACAGCCGGCGCUACAAGGGGCACCGCAACAACGCCACAGUGAAAGGUGUGAAUUUCUACGGCCCCAAGAGCGAGUUCGUGGUGAGCGGCAGCGACUGCGGCCACAUUUUCCUCUGGGAAAAAUCCUCCUGCCAGAUCGUGCAGUUCAUGGAAGGCGACAAAGGCGGAGUGGUGAACUGCCUGGAGCCGCACCCUCACCUGCCGGUGCUGGCCACCAGCGGGCUGGACCACGACGUCAAGAUCUGGGCACCCACAGCCGAGGCUCCCACCGAGCUCCGGGGCCUCAAGGAGGUGAUCAAGAAGAACAAGGUGGAGCGGGACGAGGACAGCCUGCACCACACGGACAUGUUCGACAGCCACAUGCUCUGGUUCCUCAUGCACCACCUGCGCCAGCGCCGCCACCACCGGCGCCGCCGGGAGCCGGGGGCCGAUUCCCCCUCGGACGAUUCCGGGAGCUCCUCGGACACUUCGGACGAUGAGGAGGAGGGGCCGGACCGGGUGCAGUGCAUGCCCUCGUGAGCCCCAAAAAACCCCCCCAAAACCCCCCCAAACCCCCCAAAACCCCCCAAAAACCCCAACCUGGGGGGGCCCCACCCCACUAACACUUGGAGCUUUCUAUUGCCCUCGUUCAGCCCCCCCAGAUUCCCAGUUUUCCCCUUUUUUUGGGGGUCCCCUUCCCCUUUUUUCCCUUAUUUUCCCCUUUUUUCCUCUUUUUUGGGGGUCUCUUCCCCUCUUUUCCCCCUUUUUCCCUUUUUUCCCCAUUUUUUUCCCCUUCUUUUCCCCUUUUUUUCCUUUUUUCCCCCCUUUUUCUCCCUCUUUCUCCCUUUUUCCCCCUUCUUUCCCCCUUUUUUCCUCUUUUUUUCCUCUUUUUUUCCUCUUUUUUUCCCCUUUUUUUCCCCUUUUUUCCCUUUUCCCCCCUUUUUUCCCUUUUUCCAGUUUUUUCCCCCUUUUUUCCCCCUUUUAUCCCCCUUUUUUUCCCCUUUUUUCCUCUUUUUUUCCUCUUUUUUUCCCCUUUUUUCCCCUUUUUUCCCCUUUUUUCCCCCCUUUUUUCCCUUUUUCCAGUUUUUUCCCCUUUUUUCCCCUUUUUUCCCCUUUUUUCCCCUUUUUUUCCCCUUUUUCCCCUUUUUCCCCUUUUUUCCCCCUUUUUUCCCCCUUUUUUCCCCUUUUUCUCCCCUUUUUUCCCCUUUUUUUUGCCCCUUCUUUUUCCCCCUUUUUUUUCCCCCUUUUUCCCCUUUUCCCCCCAUUUUUUCCCCUUUUCUUGGGGGUCCCCCUUCAAUUUGGGGGUGCCCAGGGGGGAUUUUUUCAUUUUUUUGGGAUCCCUCCCCAACCCCUUCAGCUCUUCAAGCUCCCCCUUUCUUGGGGAGAGGAAUCCCACCCUUUUUCCUCAUUUUUCUCACAUUUUUCCCCCCUCUUUCCUUCAUUUUUCCCACUUUUUUCCCCCCAUUUUCCCUUUUUUUCCCCUUUUCUUCUCAAUUCCCCAAUUUCCCCCUUUUUUCUUUAUUCCCCAUUUUCCCUCCCCAUUUUCCCCCCAUUUUUUCCCAUCUUCCCCAUUUUUUUUCUUUUUUCCCCCCAUUUCCCCCUUUUUUUUCCCCCUAUUAUUUCCCCCCAUUUUUCCCUAUUCCCCAUUCCAUUCCCCCCAUUUUUUUCCCCAUUUUUUUCCCCAUUUUUCCCCAUUUUUCCCCAUUUUUCCCCAUUUUUUCCCCAUUUUCCCAGGGUGGGAUCUCCCUCCCUCUGUACAUAGCCGUGAUUUGCACUUGGUUUGGCCCCUUUCACCCCCCAAAAACCCCAAAAACCCCCUAAAAAAAAACAAAAACCCUUUUAUUUCCCAUUUCUUUUCUCGGGGGAGGGGUUCAGGGGGGUUUUUUUUGGGGGGAAAAACCCCAAAAUUUCCCUGUUUAGAGGCCUAAUUUUAUAUUGUAUUAAAAAAAAACCAAAUGGGCCCGGGAGUUCUCCCUGGCAGAGCUGUAAAAGUUGGGAUAUAUAUUAUAUAUAAAUGCAAUAAAAACCGACUCAACGAG